AUGGCCAUCGCCACGCUUCUACCCAGGCAAACCUACUACUACCGCAACUGCACCCGAGACGAAGAUGGCUUUCUCAUCAGCGACGAAAACUGCUACAUCUCCUUCUGGAACACAAAGGCCGGCAAAAUAGUCAAAUGGUCCCUCUUCCUCGCCAUCCUCCUCUCCCUCACCCUCUACCUCCUAAUAGGCUACUUCCAUGCCCGGAAACGCGUCCGCUCCGGCCUCCCCCCGCUGGGAUACCACCGCUUCCUCGUCAACCGCGCCACCCUCGCCCAAGUCGACCCCCGGUAUCGAUACCCCCAAUCCACCUUCACCCCUUACAACUACAACGCGGACGGGCAUCAAUACUACAACAUGCAAGGGAUGCCACCACCACCAGUCUACGAUCCCAACGCGCCACGGCCGCCGGUUUACGAACCACCUGCUGGAGUCUCUAAAUAUGGGGAGGGUAAUGGGAAUGGGACGACACCACCACCACCGCAGGAUAAUGGGUAUAUCUACUCCCCACCACCGGGACCACCACCACCAGCGGUGGUCGCGCCAGUGCCAAGUAGCAGCUUGAAUGAGCAGUAUGCCCCUCCCCCUGGGCCACCACCACUCACACUACAACCUCAAGGAACGGGGAAUACCAACAACCCGUUCAGGAGCUAG